AUGACUUGGAAUCUUAUUCAUCCCCGUUUCCGUCGUCAAUAUUAUGGAAUGAAUGGCGGAGGAAUGGGUGGAGGAAUGGGAAUGGGAAUGAUGGGUGGAAUGGGUGGAAUGGGUCAACAAAUGGGUGGAAUGGGUCAACAAAUGUUCCCAGGCGUCAUGCAAUCUUCAAAGAAUAGUUGGGGAUCGUUCUCUUCUCAACGCGAAGAUUGGCCGAGAGGAUGGGAACAAUUGACAAAUCUUGGAAUUCAAGAAGCUUUCGAAUUGGGAACUUUUCUUCGAGAACGUUAUAUCGAUGAGAAGAAAUUGUUUGGACCGUUUUUUGAUCGAGAAAAGGUAUUCAUGCAAUCAUCUGAUCAAGAAAGAACUCUCGAAUCGGCUCAAGCAGUCGCUGCCGGCCUUUUCCCACCAACUGGAAAUCGAGUCUGGAAUGCGAGCUUUCUUUGGCAACCGACACCCAUUCAUUCGCAUGGAAUCGAUCGAGCUCAAGAUAUGAUUCUUCGCCCAAAAGCAUCUGGUUGUCCUCGAUACAAGCGCCUCAAUACAACCGAUCGCGUGAAAAGCGUUCAUCAAAUCGAGAAAAAAUAUGCCGAUUUCUUUAAAUAUUUAAGUAAUAUGACGGGAAAUGAGAUCAAUGGAUUGAAUGUUGCACAUUUAUUUGAGCUUGGAAUUGAGAUUAAAAACGGCCUUCCACAACCGGAUUGGGUUAAUGGGAAAUUCGGCGAUCUCCCCAUUUUACCCACGAUCGUCGCCUUGAAGAAAAAACUCCGUUUGGGUGAAUUCAACUCGCCCGAAAAGGGAAAAUUGAGAGGAGGUUUAAUGCUCAACAAUUUGAUCACUUACAUUGAAGCAUUGAGAGAUGGGAAUCAAACGUUCGCCGCAGUGCUUUACUCAUCGCACGAUGAUGGUCUCUUUGCUCUACUCUCUGCUUUGGGAUUGCUUGGCGAUGAGAUGAUUCCAACAGCGGCAGGAAUGAUGUCAGCUAUGGUUAGUCAUAGUCAUGUCUGGUCUUUUCAAGAUCGAGAGAGAACGGGUGGAGAGAAAACGGCAAUGUCUGUUCUGUUUUUA